AUGCUUAUGCUUUGCCCUCGCCCUUGCCGCCCAUGCCGUCCAAAACGCAUCGUAAUCGGCAUAACCGGCGCAACAGGCACCAUCUACGCCGUCCGCCUUCUUGAAAUCCUACGCGACCUCUCCAUAGAAACGCACCUCGUAAUGAGCAAAUGGGCCCAUACAACCCUCAAAUACGAGACGGACAGGACAGAAGCCGAAAUUCACUCCCUCGCCUCCAGAGUCUACACGGCACGCGACAUGACGGCCCCGAUUGCCAGCGGAUCCUUCCUGCACGACGGCAUGAUCAUAGUCCCGUGUAGCAUGAAGACGCUUGCCGCGGUGCGCAUAGGUUUCUGCGACGAUUUGAUCUCGCGCGCGGCCGAUGUGACGUUGAAGGAGCGCCGGCCACUGAUGCUGGUGCCGCGCGAGACGCCGCUGAGCGAUAUCCACCUCGACAAUCUGUUGGCUGUCAGGAAGAUGGGCGCCGUGGUUUUUCCGCCCAUGCCCGCGUUUUAUACGCGGCCAAAGAGCUUGGAGGACAUGGUCGAGCAGAGUGUUGGGAGGAUGUUGGAUAAUUUUGGCAUUCAUACCGACGGGUUUGAGAGGUGGAAUGGCUGUAAUUGGGGGAACAAAUGA